CGGACUUACCUACUCACUCACACACAAUCACUUUCUCCUCUCUCGCUUCUUCUUUCUUUUCUGCACUCGUCCCUCACACAUACACACACACACACACACACACACACACACAGGGCAAGACUUGCUACAACUGGUCUUCAGAGUAAAAAAGCAAGAGCAUAAAGAAACAAGAGGAGGAAAAAAAUAUGGACUGAAAGGAUAGAAGAGCCGAAAGAGAAAAUAAGCAAACAAAGUAAAGAGCAGAAAUUGAUCCUAAUCUACAUCCUCAGAAGGAGACAGAUGCAGAAGACAAAUACCUCACAGCUCAGAUAGCAUCCUAGGGGAGCGACGACAGCGGAGCAGAGCCUGACAGUGUGUGUGUGUGUGUGUGUGUGUGUGUGUGUGUGUGUGUUCCCCCUGGCCCACUUGAGUGUGUGUGUGUGCGUGUGUGUGUGUGUGUGAGACUGCGCCAUGCUGUGGACUCUGCUGCUCGCCUUCCUGCUGCUGCUGCUCCUGCAGGCUGAGCUGUGUGUGUGUCUGCGUGAGCUUCGUGCCUCCACCGCCUCCGCCCUGGCCCUGGCACUACCGCCACCCGCCCACACCAAUGCCACCGCCCAGCGCCUGCCGGGAGCCAUCAUCAUCGGUGUGCGCAAGGGUGGUACUCGGGCCCUGCUGGAGAUGCUCAACCUGCACCCGGACGUGGAGGUGGCCAAGGCGGAGGUGCACUACUUCAACCUAGACGAGAACUAUCGGCGGGGGCUAAGCUGGUACCGGGCCCAGAUGCCCUUCACCCUGCCUGGGCAGCUGACGGUGGAGAAGACCCCUGGCUACUUCUCAGCCCCGCUGGUGCCGGAGCGUAUGUGGGAGAUGAACCCGGCCGUGCGGCUGCUGCUGAUCGUGCGCGACCCGGCCGAGCGUCUCGUCUCCGACUACACGCAGGUGCUGCACAACCGCUUGCAACGCCACAAGCCCUACCAGUCCCUGGAGGAGCUGCUGCUCCUGGACCAUGACGGCAAUGGGAACGGCAGGGGCGGGGGACGCAUCGACCCGGGCUACAAGGCGCUCCAGCGGAGCCUGUACCACGUGCACUUCCAACGCUGGCUGGAGCACUUCCCCCGCCAGCAGAUUCACGUGGUGGACGGGGAGGCGCUGGUCCGAGACCCUUACCCUGAGCUGCGCAAGGCAGAGCGCUUUCUGGAGCUGCCGCCACGCAUCAUGCCCUCUAACUUCUACUUCAACGCCACCAAGGGCUUCUACUGUCUGAUCUCUGCAGGACACGACAAGUGCCUAGACGAGUCCAAGGGGCGGCCGCACGCCCCCCUCAGCCAGAGAACUUUCCACAAGCUGUGUCACUUCCUGCAGGAGCCCAACAAACGCUUCUUCAACCUGGUGGGUCGGACCUUCCCCUGGUGCUGAUAGGUCCAGCAUAGGUCAAAUGGACCUAUGUAUGUAUCUAUGUACUACAGAUGCAGCAAUGUCUGUCUCUAAAAACAGGGGUUUCUAGAAUAUUUGACUAGGCCUUGAAGGGGUCACCCCUAUUAAUGUGUGGGUGAGCAAGUCCACGGCUGUGUCCUGGUCACCUAAGAAACUUGGAAAUGAGUGUGUUCAACAGCGGAGAUUAAAAGCUGCACCCUCAUCUUCUUCUUACGAGUCCAAUAUUCAAUAAUGUUCUGUGGUCCCAAGGGGACCGCCAAUGUAAUUACUCAAAAAUGACAGAGGAUGUUUCCGCAAAAAACUGUGGCGUGCUGUCACAUUUUGUUACUUGGUCUGCAGCCUUGUUAGUUUGUGUCUACUUUAAUCUGAAAGGCAGGAAACAAGAGCUUGAUUUACUACAUCUGCUACAUCUCAAUUUUGGGGAAAUAUAAACAGCGGGAUCCCAUAAUUCCGAUGUAAAACUCUAGGACACCACUUUUAGAUAUAAGUUUCAGCUCUCCAGGUGUCUGUGAUCUCUGGAACUCAACAUCGGUCUUUGUCUUUGUUCUGUAUUAUAAGCUAUAUUCCAUGUGUAAAUAACUUCCAGGCUCAGACUUGAUGCGCCUCUAUGGCCCUACCUGAGGAAUGUGUCCAUCAGCUCAACUCAUAUGAUUAAAAAAGGAGUCAGUAGGUUUGCAGAAGAUGGGCCGACUGAAGUUGGGACAGUAAAUAUUGUCUACCACUGUUGAACUUUAUUUUUGUGGAUAAAUACGCCCAUAAGUGUACAUUUCAUUUUCUGUUUUGACAGGGAACCUGCGGCUUAUCUGACAAAUUUUUUUUCAGGAGGUCGAUUUAAUACAGGAACAUUCUAUUUACAUAAACUAAAGAUGUUUGUUACUGUAGUUUUCUGUUGGAGCUCUGUAUUUAAGUUGCCUAAUGUUCAAUGUAUUUGAGCACGUCACUGUAUAUUGCCACUGCAUUUCUUUUUACACAAUUUCAUUUUCUAAAUACAAUAGCUAUUUUUUUUAUUAAUUUGCAAUCAUUUUUAAAUAUACUAAUUGAAUUUCAGUGCACUACAAUGUUUUUUUUCUAUUUAAGUGAAUAAAUCCAGAAGCAGUUCAUAAACAGUU